CAACUUAGCAUAUCUUUUUAAAUACUCGUAUAUAAGGCUGCAACUAAUUAUAUUUUGUGUGCUUUCAAAUUGUGUCCUCGACAUGAAUAUAGAAUACUUUUCCGAGGGCCUAGAGUGCCUGAUGUAUAGCGGUCGCAAGCUGUCCCCGGAACAGCGCAUACUUAUUGAAAAUUCAUUGAUUGUGCUCUUGCAGGAGAAUCGAUUCUCGGGCAUGUAUUUUUGGGGUCGUAUUACUGCUACCAAGAAUGAUUAUUAUAUUGCCUUUGGAUACACAAACGACUGCCUAAAGGAUCGCAGAUAUUUUUACAGCCUGGAUCAGUAUCAGUGGCAACUGUUGCCUUUUGUGCAAAGCCCCAAGAUUUUUCAGGCCACUGUGCUGGCACGUGAGCCUUUUGUUGGGGAUCCCAGCCUGCAGAUGUUUGUCAAGUUGGAUCCCACUUUCAACAUUGUGGCCAAUCAAGUGGUCAGCAUUACACGCGCCGAGGUCGUCAAACUCAAAGAGGAAGAGCGUUUAGCUGCUAUAGUGUUUAUCAUAAGCGAGGAAUGUGCCAUUUCUCCGCGUGGCGCGCUUUACAAGAUGGUUGAUGGCCGUGUCAUACCGAAUCAAAUGUUUCGCGGUCUCAAUGAUUUACAAAUUGAUAAUCUAUCGUACUAUCAGCUGUACCGUAUACCGCGCAAUGAUUUGAAAACCAAUUUAUCCAAGCGCUGUGAUUACAACUAUGCUAUUGACUUUUUAGACACCAUUGAUGGCGUUAUACCUCUGGGACAGUCGUUCAUAUUGAACAUGCAGCGCAAUGACCGCGUUGCCAUUAUUAAAUCUUGCAUCUGGCAGGGAAUGACGUUUUUCCAUAAAGUGGACUCGCGUAAGCACGGAUUUCUAUACUUGGGCGAUGGUCGCAAGAACUUCGAUUUACUGUUUAUGUAUUAAAUAAAGCAAUGCUUUAAGAGAUGUCAGCACUCA